GCAGCAUCUGUUUUCUCUAUCCACUUGAAAUUUAUUGACGCUAUAAGGGACUCCCAAAUACCGGUUCACAUUGAUCCCUCUGGUUGUGCGAGACCUCAGGCAAGAUAUCGAGCGAAUGCAGAGCCCAGUCGAGCAUAUCGCGAACGCCGGAACGCCAUAAUACCAUUGAGACGACAGCUACUAAUGCAAACCGAUAAGAAAGGGCUUCUUGAUCUUCUUGAACAUCGAAUUGUUUCAUAUCUGUGCGACGGUGGCCACUUUCCUGCGGGACAAGGCUCUCCACGCCGCGUUGACUUUAUCAACAAAUCCAAAUCCCGCAUUAUUGAUGAAAUUCAUUGGGUUGAGGAGUAUCAUGAGGAUUUAAUUCUCACUGAGCUUGAGAAACUAAAUCAGGAACCACGUGGCUCGGAUCUGGUUACGCUGAUGGAGCAACUCUCGCAAUUGAGGCACCAGGCGCCUGCAUCCUCCUAA